UGCUUGGACAGAAGAAAAGCAGUUGACUCUCAGCUUUACUUUGCUGUUUUAACCAUUAUUAGAUAUUUGGGAUACACAGUGAAUACUUUAGGUGGAUCAUUUGAAACACGCUUUAACAUCUAUAAUCUGGAAAUGGAUAUUUCCAUGUGGUCACUCGCAUUAACACCAAAUCCUGGGUAUUAAAUGAUCCCCCAGAUUAGUUAUGCAUCAACGGCACCCGAGUUAAGUGAUGACCGGCGCUAUGACUUCUUCUCGCGUGUGGUCCCUCCCGAUUCCUUUCAAGCCCAGGCCAUGGUAGACAUUGUAAAGGCCCUGGGUUGGAAUUACGUGUCUACUCUCGCAUCGGAAGGAAGUUACGGAGAGAAAGGUGUGGAAUCCUUCACCCAGAUAUCCAAAGAGGCAGGUGGGCUCUGCAUUGCCCAGUCUGUGAGAAUCCCCCAGGAACGCAAAGACAGGACCAUUGACUUUGACAAAAUUAUCAAGCAGCUCCUGGACACCCCCAAUUCCAGGGCCGUCGUCCUUUUUGCCAACGAUGAGGAUAUCAAGCAGAUCCUUGCAGCCGCCAAAAGAGCUGAUCAAGUAGGCCACUUUCUCUGGGUGGGAUCAGACAGCUGGGGAUCCAAAAUCAACCCACUGCACCAGCAUGAAGAUAUUGCAGAAGGAGCCAUCACCAUUCAGCCCAAACGAGCAACUGUGGAAGGGUUUGAUGCCUAUUUUACAUCCCGCACACUUGAAAACAACCGAAGAAACGUAUGGUUUGCCGAAUACUGGGAGGAAAACUUCAACUGCAAGUUGACGAUUAGUGGGUCAAAGAAAGAAGACACAGAUCGCAAAUGCACAGGACAGGAGAGAAUUGGGAAAGACUCCAGCUAUGAGCAGGAGGGUAAAGUUCAGUUUGUGAUUGACGCAGUGUAUGCAAUGGCUCACGCCCUGCACCACAUGAACAGGGAUCUCUGUGCUGACUACCGGGGUGUCUGUCCGGAGAUGGAGCAAGCUGGGGGCAAGAAGCUGUUGAAGUAUAUCCGCAAUGUGAAUUUCAAUGGUAGCGCGGGCACCCCAGUCAUGUUUAACAAGAACGGGGAUGCCCCUGGGCGUUACGACAUCUUCCAGUAUCAGACCACAAACACCACCAACCCCGGCUACCGACUGAUCGGACAGUGGACCGAUGAACUGCAGCUCAAUAUAGAGGACAUGCAGUGGGGUAAAGGAGUCCGGGAGAUCCCUGCCUCUGUGUGUACCAUGCCCUGCAAGCCUGGGCAAAGAAAGAAGACACAGAAGGGGACCCCUUGCUGCUGGACCUGUGAGCCCUGUGACGGCUACCAGUACCAGUUUGAUGAGAUGACAUGCCAGCAUUGCCCCUACGACCAGCGACCCAAUGAAAACCGAACUGGCUGCCAGGAUAUCCCCAUCAUCAAACUGGAGUGGCACUCGCCUUGGGCUGUCAUCCCCGUCUUUCUUGCCAUGUUGGGGAUCAUCGCCACCAUAUUCGUCAUGGCCACUUUCAUCCGCUACAACGACACUCCCAUCGUUCGGGCGUCUGGGCGGGAACUGAGCUACGUUCUGUUGACGGGCAUCUUUCUCUGCUAUAUCAUCACCUUCCUGAUGAUAGCCAAACCCGAUGUGGCAGUGUGUUCUUUCCGGAGAGUUUUCUUGGGCUUGGGUAUGUGCAUCAGUUACGCAGCCCUCUUGACCAAAACCAAUCGGAUUUACCGCAUAUUUGAACAGGGCAAGAAAUCAGUGACAGCCCCCAGACUCAUAAGCCCAACAUCACAGCUGGCGAUCACUUCCAGUUUAAUAUCAGUUCAGCUUCUUGGCGUUUUCAUUUGGUUUGGUGUUGACCCACCUAACAUCAUCAUAGACUAUGAUGAACAUAAGACGAUGAACCCCGAACAGGCCCGGGGGGUUCUCAAGUGUGACAUUACGGACCUACAGAUCAUCUGCUCCUUGGGAUAUAGCAUCCUUCUUAUGGUCACAUGCACUGUGUAUGCCAUCAAGACUCGGGGUGUCCCAGAGAACUUUAAUGAAGCCAAGCCCAUCGGAUUCACCAUGUACACGACAUGUAUAGUUUGGCUUGCCUUCAUUCCAAUUUUUUUUGGCACUGCUCAAUCAGCAGAAAAGCCGCGGGGGCCAGGCAGUAUGAAUACAACUGGCCCCUCCAGUGCCACAACGCUACACUGCUGCAUCAGACCACUAGGGGGCAGUCAGCAGGCUGGUACCCAUCGUGUUUUGUCUGUGCCCUACACUCCUCACCUUUGGCUCUACAUACAAACCACCACGCUUACAAUCUCCAUGAACCUAAGUGCAUCAGUGGCGCUGGGGAUGCUAUACAUGCCGAAAGUGUACAUCAUCAUUUUCCACCCUGAACUCAAUGUCCAGAAACGGAAGCGAAGUUUCAAGGCAGUGGUCACGGCAGCCACCAUGUCAUCGCGGCUGUCGCACAAGCCCAGUGACAGACCCAACGGUGAGGCCAAGACAGAGCUUUGUGAAAACAUAGACCCAAACACUUGCAUAUACAGAAUAUAAUGAUGUCUGGUGGCCGACUCUUUGGUGAAAUGUGCUGUGAAACGCAUCGCUGUUUGCUAUGUUGUCUGCAAAGACAGGAGCUCAAAGAAGGCUGCCUGGGUAGAGGCCUCAUCUGACAACUCAAAAAUCCAAGUAUCUUAAUUACCUGUGUCAGUCACGACAGUCAUUCUAUUUGGGAUUCAUCUGAUGCCUUUUCCUUGAAAAAGUUUUGUUGGGUUUUGUCAUUGUUGAUAUUUUGGUGUCUACACAGAAUAAAGAUAAAUAGUUCAAGGACGGGGGGAAAAAAAGAUGAAAUCCAAAAGAGCCUUUGUCUCACAGUAAAUCCAAAAGAUGUUUUAAAAAUUAUUUUAGUUAUUUUGGUUUUGUGUAGACACUCCCUGAAAGUAACCAUCAAUAAUGUGCCCAGGUAUUUGCUGAAUUAUAGGAGGAGAUUCAUGUACCUCCAAACAUUGGGGUUUCUGAUGACCCAACUCUCAAAGGUCCUUAAGAAAAGUCAGAAGACCUUUUCUGUGCAAAAUCUGUCCAGUAGAGUUUUCUGCAAUGAUGGAAAUGUUCUCUAUCUGUGCUGUCCACUAUAGAAACCACUGGUCACAUGUGGUGAUUCAGAACUUAACAUAUGGCUACUUAACUGAUGAAAUACACUUGAAAUUUUUACUUCAUUUUAAAUAAAUUUAAAUAGCCAUCCAUGACUCCGAGGACUCCAUCGGAGAGCAGAGCCAGAGAUCAUAAAAGCAAAGAUUUCACUCUGGGACACUCGGUUUGAGCCCAUACUGGAAAUACCUCCCAAGGUUUUAGCAAUGAUGCUGAACUGGGACAAAGUCAACUUAACAGAAUGAAAUAUGUGAGGUAAGACAAAAAUGCAAACCUAUAGUUAUUUUAAAUGACCCCUAAGGAGCCACUAAGAUGGGAAUGGUACAUCAUAGAUCACCAUUAUAUCCGGAAAACCAGUCCCUAGUAAUAGAAAAAUGAGUAUAUAUAUAGAAAGAACAGUAGUGAAAAUUCACUUAAUGAAAAUAGACAAGGCUGUUUUGAUGAGAGAGAUUAUUAUUCUAUUCUACUUAAUACUGAAUGUAGCUCCAAGUAAUGUCAAACUCCUGAACUUUGGUAACAGAGACAAAUAAAUUAUUGGCUGAAAUAAAACUUUCUGGUUAAAAAGAAACAAAUAAAAGCACAGACCAUGGGCCUGAGGAAGGACUGUCUCUCCAAAGGGAGAGUUCUGCCUACUGUUCUCUGAGGGAGUGUGUCUGGGAGGAUGUUGAAUUUAUAGGAUGAGCGACCUUCUUGUUUCCCUAAACACUUAGUCUCAGUGUAUUUCAAUCUUCAGUGUUUUCAUUUUUAAUCAUUGCAGUUUGUCAUCUGGUGCAUGCUCACUUCUAUUCAUCCAACUCCAUACAGCAAGUAUACAUUCAUAUAAAAACAAAUGUGUUGGCGUGAUAUGGGCAGAAAUUAAAGCUGCCCGUGCACUGCUUGAUUUUUCCCCAAGAAGUUUGGUUUCCCUCUUAGGUUGCCUCUUCAGUUCAAACUUCAUUGCUUGAAAGAAAAAGUUCUUUCUGCAUGGAUUCAACAAAAUGUAAAUCUUCUCAAAAACUGUCAUGCAUCUCUGUACUGCUGCCAUAUUGAAUAUCCAGAACUGGGUCGAUGCUGGUUGGUUUCUGAGCUCAGAUGAAAAAACAGCAGGGGGUCUAAGGGUGUAGCUCCGCAACUUACUGUAUUUUUAUUUAUACAAGCCAUAUUUCUGCUGCUAGAGGACCACAAGUGCCUGACCUAAUGUGGGGAGCUUUAGAUCUGGCCACCACGAAGCCUUCUCCACAUUCCUUCUCUAAGAAGAAGGGCAUCUCAACCUCCGGUUCUCGCACCUGUGUCCUGAAUUAGGCUCAUUUCUCCCAACUUUCUGUUGUUGACUUGGCAGGUGUAUGUUCAUGGCAAACUUGAAGAUGCCAGAUCAACUGGAGGACUUGGUUCUUGGCUUAUCUAUGGCCACCAAGACCUUUUUCCAGUUGGAUGAAUAAUAUUAACUGAGGCAGCAUGGCUUUAUUGAGAUGGUGGGUAGGAACUGCUUCCUUUCUCGCCUGGAGUGGUCAGAACCAGAAGAUGCUCUGUGAAUUAUCCUCUGAUCAGAUGCUUUCCUUGUAAAGGAUUGCAGUACACAGAAUGAACAGCCCUAAGCUACCUGGUUCUAAACAACCAUCCAUUUUCUGAGCCAGUGCCCCAGUCAGUGCAGAGGAACUGCUCAUGUACCCGGAAUGGUUACAAAUAGUUUACUCUGUGGCUUCCUAGCGAUUAGAGAUGGCAGGAAUGUGGACAGCUGGGGCACCCCGCCUUUUUGGAUAUGGGGCAAUAUGACUGAUAAAAUGACUUGGAGAGAGAAGCUGGACACACACUGUGCAAAAGACUAGUUUAAGACAAGGAGCAUAUUGUGAUGAAGCACAUUUUAGAAGAAUGGCCAUUUACCACUGAAACAGAAAGUCAAUAAUAAGAUUUUAAAUAUAAGUUUGUAUUCUGGUCCUUUGUUGGAAAUUACUAUUUGCAUAUACUUAGGGAAAAUAUAUAAAUAAAAAUUUGUGCUGCUCAAUAAAUCCCUCAACUGCUAGAAAAUGGAUGAGGGCACCACAAUCUACCCAAGUAACAAUGCUGAGAAAAUCCUGGAACAUGCUCCUGUGCUGUGUCAAUUGGUGAUGGCUUUUGUUUUGUUUUGCUUGUUCAUUUGUUUGGAUUCCUGACAUUCUCCACAUUAUGUUACUUGUUUCAUUCUUCUGGACUAAUCACGCAGGUCAGCAUGAAAGGUCUAGGCUGAGGAAAAAUUAGGAUAUCAACAGGAAGAAAAAAAAAAAAAAACCUUCUGAGCAGGUAGAUACAUUAUUUUGGAGCUGGUUCCCUCACCCGCUUCAGUUAAAGUAAAGCCCAAAUGCAAGGCACCAAUACUCCCAUGUUCAGAGGUACCUGAAUUGUGGUCAACUGGUCUACCAAAAGCUACUGAACCCACUGAGAGAGUGGGCUUAAUGUCUGUGGUCUCUAUCGCAGCCUCUUCUCCAAAAGGAAAGAAAAAAAAAAUAAAAAGGAAUAUUGUGUGCACAUUUAUUUUAUACGUACCUAUAUAUUUAC